GUUGCGAAGGUCGAAUCCCUUGAAUAAUCAUCUACCCAAAACUUGCGUCAAAAAUUUGUUGUUAGCAGAUGCUCAUCGAUAUGACAGCCCCGACACACUCUCAAGCGACAUGGCAGGCCUUGCCAUUGUCAAUCGCUCCCUCAAUAGCGUCUCACUCCCUGUCAACGCCAGAGUCCCUGCAAAUUGAGAUUGAUCAAACAACUCACCGGCUUGAGCUCCUCAACUUCUUUCAUAUUCCUGCUUCUUCUAAUAUUCUCGAGAUUGGAUGCGGCCAGGGAACAUGCACUGUUGUCUUGGGACAUGUCAUUGGGGAAGAUGGCCACGUUGACGCCAUCGACCCCGCACCUCUUGAUUACGGUGCACCAUACACCCUCGGCCAAGCACAAGAGCAUAUCACCAAAGGCCCUUUACGCGGUAGUGUAAAGUUUUGGCAGACCCAGCUCGAAGACUUUCUAAAAGAGACGGGGGACAAGAAAUGGGAUUAUGCGGUCUUUGUGCACUGCUUAUGGUAUCUCGAUGCACCUGAAACCCUCGCACGCAUGCUCAAAGCGUUGAAGGGAAGGGUGAACAGAAUCUGCAUCGCUGAGUACGCCAUGAAGGCAUCCGAGCCAGCGGCCAUCCCUCACGUUCUUGCUGCUUUGACGCGAGCUACACUUGAGGCCCAAAGGCCGGACAGCGAAGCGAACAUUCGAUGUCUGCUAAGCCCAAUUGACAUCAAGAAUAUCGUAGGAGAUUCAGGCUGGAAAGUUGAACGAGAGACGGAAAUUGUGCCGCAUGAGGGACUGCAAGAUGGUGGCUGGGAAGUUGGGGAUGUGAAAAGCAAGAGUUUCCUUGAUGAUAUUGAGCAAUAUGUUGCGGACAGUAAGAUGAAGGUUGUGCUUAGGAGUGGGAGAGAGGCGGUUGUAAGAGCUGUUGAAGGACUCGAUGGUAAAAAGGUGCGGACCAUGGAUGUCUGGGCGGCAACGUUGGUAGAAACAGAUUAAGAAAUCUUGCCGUUUACUGUAACCAGCUAUGGGAAGGAUAGAAAGACCAAAUGAUGAGCUGGCCGAUUGAUAUAAAGAGAAGGUCUUAUAGACAUUUAAGUAGACUAUGAAACGGCCUGAACCUAAGAGCCAAGGCGCUUAUGCGUUACGUUCUCUUGUUCCUAGGGCGCCAUGUUCUAACUAGGACCUAGCAACACUGGCGCGAAAUUUGUUG